AUGUGGCCGAAAAGCAUUGCACGAAAAAUCGACGAGUCACAAGAAAUUUUAGAAGCCAAACGGUGUACUCAAAUAUUUAGUGUUCAGAUAGAAAACUCAAUUAUAGAAAAAUAUUCUUCAUUUUCAAAAUUGUUGAGAAUUGUUUCUCUCUGUCUACGUUUUAAAACAAAUACGUUAAAAUGCAAAAAUCGAAUAAUAGGACCAAUCCAAGCGGACGAGCUGCGAAACACAUCGGUUGUAUUAAUUAAAAUAGUUCAAAACUAUACUUGGAGUCAGGAAAUAAAAGAUUUGCAAAAAUAUAAACAGGUCUCCGCGAAAAGUAAAUUAAAAUAUUUGAAGCCGUUCGUAGACGAUAAUGGUGUAAUUAGAGUAGGCGGCCGAUUAAAUAAUGCCACAUCGAUAAGCGUAUUUCAGCGGAACCCAAUACUACUACCUGCGACGAGUAAUUUAACGACCUUACUAUUUCAUUAUGAGCACAUACGAUUACUGCAUGCGGGUCCGCAAACGAUUUUAUCAUCAAUUAGAGAACAAUAUUGGCCUAUCAACGGCAGGAAUAUAGCCAGAAAAACUGUACAUCAGUGCAUUAAGUGCUUCCGAAUAAAACCAACAAUAGUUCAACCAUUAAUGGGUAAUCUGCCAAAGGAACGCGUAAAUCCAAGUCGUCCUUUUAAAAUAUGCGGAAUUGAUUAUGGUGGCCCCUUUAUGGUAAAAUCUAGUUUACAACGCAAAGCUCUUAUAACCAAAGGCUAUAUAUGUAUAUUUGUAUGUUUCGCGACCAAAGCAAUACAUAUAGAAUUAGCUAGUGAUUUAUCAACUGAAUGUUUUUUAAAUGCACUGAGACGAUUUUGCAGCAGGCGAGGAAUAUGCUCAGACAUUUACUCAGAUAAUGCCACAAAUUUCGUGGGUGCUAAUCGCAAGUUACAGGAACUUAAAAAAUUAUUUUUAUCAGACACGUUAGAUUCCGAAAUCCAAAAAUUAACGGCAGAACUUGGAAUACGUUGGCAUUUCAUCCCUCCUAGAUCCCCUCAUUUUGGCGGUCUAUGGGAAGCGGCCAUUAAAUCAGUAAAAACUCACUUAAAUAAACUAAUGGGAAACGCUAUUCUAACCUACGAGGAACUAAACACUGUGCUUGCUCAAAUAGAAGCGUGCUUAAAUUCACGCCCGUUGACUCCUUUAUCAUCUGAUCCAUCUGAUCUUUCUGUACUUACUCCCGGUCAUUUUCUGGUGGGAAGCUCUUUAGUCUCUUUGCCAGAACCUGAUUUCACGACAACACCUCUCAAUAGAUUAACGAGGUGGAGAAGAGUGAGUCAUUUAUUUCAAGAAUUUUGGCGCCGCUGGUCUAAAGAUUAUUUGGUGCAACUACAACAGCGAAAUAAGUGGGAAAAUGACAGAGGACCUAGGCUUCGAAUUGGCACUGUUGUUCUCCUGCGUGAUGACAAUCUUCCCCCUUUGCGCUGGAAAAUAGGACGAGUUGAGGAAGUGCAUGUCGGAAGUGACGGAGUCAUUCGUGUGGCAACUAUUUCAACCUCAAAUGGUCAAUUCAAACGAGCAGUCCGAUUAUUAUGUCCUUUGCCCUUUGAAGGCAAUCAUAAUUAA